CUACCUUGGCACCUCUGCUGAGUUUUAGAGGCAGGGAGGCAUCAGGAGGGAAUCCAUCAGAGAAACCAGGAAGACAUUAAAGAUGUCCUCUAAUAAAAGUGAUGGCGGAUGGAAGCAGUUCCUGUGGAACUCAGAGAAGAAGGAGCUGCUGGGGCGGACAGGAGGCAGCUGGUUUAAAAUCGGACUCUUCUACUUGAUCUUCUACGGCUGCCUGGCGGGGAUCUUUGUCGGGACCAUCUGGGCCAUGCUGCAGACCCUCAGUCUGCACAAGCCAACCUGGCAGGACAGAGUGGCCCCCCCUGGCCUCUCUCACGCCCCAUAUGCAGACAAAACGGAGGUGGUGUUCAACGUCAGGGAGCUGGAGACCUACCUGCCGUUCACCAAGUCUCUGAGGGAGUUUGUUACCAGAUACGACGAUUCCAGGCAGACCGACAACAUGCAGUACGAGGACUGCGGAGAUCAGCCUGCUGAGUACAAGAACCGAGGCGACUUGGAGAGCGACCCGGUGCCUAGGAAGGCCUGCCGCUUCUCCAGGUCUCUGCUGGGUCCCUGCUCCGGCCUCGAGGAUCUCAAUUUCGGAUUCAGCGUGGGCAAACCGUGCCUAGUUGUGAAGCUCAACCGGAUCGUUAACUUCCGUCCCAAGCCUCCUACCUCCAAUGAAAGCAUCCCUGAUGAAGCUCAGCCUAAAGUCCAGCCUAAUGUCAUCCCUCUCUACUGCACCAGCAAGAAAGAGGAAGACGCCGACAAAAUCGGAGAGAUCAAGUACUACGGCAUAGGCGAGGGGUUCCCCCUGCAGUAUUACCCGUACUACGGCAAGCGGCUGCACCCGCAGUACCUGCAGCCGCUGGUGGGGCUGCAGUUCACCAACCUGACCCGGAACGUGGAGCUGCGCAUCGAGUGCAAGGUGUUCGGCGAGAACAUCGACUACAACGAGAAGGACCGCUUCCAGGGACGCUUCGAAGUCAAGAUCCAGGUCAACUCAUGACCGCCGGGAAUGUAGACCGCCGCCCCCCCCUCCCCUCACACCCCUUUAAACGGUACAGCACAUGCGAGGGGACGGCUCGGCCAAUCACGACCAGUCUUAACUUAAACCGAUGAAAGGAAACGCCAUUUUUAAUGGGGGGUGGCGGCGGCGUAAUCAGCCUUCAUCACUCGCUUCCGCACCUCUUUCUAGCCUUAGAAUCAAAUUUAGCGAAAGGAUUAGCGAUUUUAACUAGUAAUUCCAGCGUAAACUGGUUUUCCAUAAGCCAUAGGACGUCGCUCAUCGCUUUCCAUGCAUCUGUCCCUCCUACGCAUCGCUGCCUUGUGGUUUUGGAGUGAGCGGGACCGCAGAUUCUGGUUCCUCUGAAAUGCACUUUUAUUAUUUUAGACUUUAGCUCGUUCUCGGUGUGUCCGAAACCAAAGCACACGUCCUUUAACUCGACGAUUGACGUCUUCCGCAGAACUUCCUUCUUUCCUCUUGAGAUGCGUUUUUAUUUCCUCUCUCGUCUUUAACUGGGUUUUCAAGCCUUUUUAGCGUUUUCGUUGCCUUUGGAUGUAGACCGGCGCCUGUCCAGACGGUUAGCCUCUUUAGCAUGCUCUUGGGGCAAUGGUGCUAACGCGUUUUAUUAACGUCUUUUGGUUCCGGCUGGAUUGUGGCGGCGUGACUCUGAAUGUCUGGAAGAAUUUUCUAUUUAUGCAGAUGUACGUUUUGUUUCGUUGCAGAAUAUUUUGACUGUAUAAAGGCAAUACCAAAGCGAGCGGGAGUGAUUUUAUUUUUUUGAAGAAGCAAUACAGUAAUCGUCUUUUGAGUGCUAAAAGUCCACGUCUCGCCUUGCGACCUUUUUCAAUAGUUCUGCUUCAUCUUAGGGCCAAGUACAGCGAACUAGUAGCAGGCAGGUGGAGCUCCAUGCAUUUCAGAUUAAGCUAACCCCCUGACUGCCCAACGCUGGUACCCUAAAUGUUUCAUAGGAUCUCAUGAUGAUGUAAAAAUGCUCCGGCCUUUCAUCAGUUCACCCACCUUUGCUUCAUCGGAGAUGAAGACCAAUAAAGUAUAGAGAACCUUUU